CCUACCCAAGCAGACACACAUUUGGGCUGUAGGCGAUGGAUUCCUCAUCCACGGAGCUUGCAUGGGCAUUUUGAAAACUCAGAGAGUAAUGGCUGCAACUGUCCGAGCUUUCUAAAUAUAAAUCUAUAUUUAUAUUCAUAAAAGCUGCACCACAACGCACGACAGAAAAACUUCACCCUCGGAUUGUGGUUAGGGGACAAUAGCCAAGCCAUAUGCGAAACUUUGGACCAGUCGUCUCUGCUACAUCAUAGACAGAAGACAAAGCCAAGGCAACAAAAAACUUUAUUAUGGACUUACACUGUGGCCAAAAACAAUAGACCAGCAAGAAGUUCGUUUCCAGCUACGAAAUUCUUCUGAUCUAAGCGAGCCUAUUGUCAGGGAAUAAAUGAUCACCUCAACAAGACGAGUCUCUCCAGAUAAACCUGAAGUUAGAAUCGCCUUCAGUCUCGACAACUCAGAGUUAAAUGACACAGGGGAAGUCCUCCCAACCAUUCCUGACCUUGAACAGCGUCUUCAGCCAGUACUGCCAUGUCAGUCUUUGAAGGAGUCAGUCCAAGUCUACAAGGACCAUUGCAAGAUGGCCAAAGAAUUCCGCGAGGUCAAAAUAGAAAUUGCUCAGCUUGAGGACAGAAAGAAAGAGAUACUAGGGGAGCUGGUAGAUGACGACAGAAUGACCAUAGAGAUCGCCCGGCUCAAGGAGGAGUUUCGGGUCCUGGCUGAAGAGAACCGCACCUUGAUCACUGUCCACACGGAGCGGGCCCGGCAGUUGGAGACGUUGCGGGGGGUCAGUCAAAAGAGGCAGGGGUCAUCGUGACCCCGUGACCUCCACACGUCACUGAGUGGUGUGGCGGCGGGGUCAGUCUGCUCAGGGACUUGUGGAGGCUCACCGAGGGGGCUUCGAAGUGUGGUCCAAACGGCAUUAUCUGUGGCUGUAACUCUGGCGUCGUCCCAGUGCGUAUGUUUUGUGACCACUGGUACAUCUGUCCUGUCUAUAUCAUGUCUCAUCAUGUUUUUGAGUAAGGUCUUCUGUCAGCCCGGGGCCAUCCCAGCACUUAUUUCUGACAGCAUUACGUCAGAUUUCAUGUCCUUCCAAAAUAAAUAUAUUCUAUGUUUUCUUCUGAUACUUAAAUGUCUGGCAAAACAGUACCUUUGGUUGUGAGAUUGUUACUGAUCAAUAAUUGGAUGAAAUGGAAACAGUAGAAGGGAAUAGUUGACAUAGACAUUUUCAUUCGCACCAGUGUGAUUUGUUUGAGGAGAUUCCAUUCACAAUCCAAUCAAUGUAUUUGUUCUGAAUUCCAUCAUUUACUUUGAUCAGUGUACAUCCUGUGGCAAGUGUUUUUCCCCCAGGUGCUACACAUAUGUUCAAUGAAAUCGAAAAUAAAUGUUCAAUAAAAAGUUAUGUUCUUCUGCAUCCAAA